CUGAUCUGGUCUGGUACAGAUUACAGUCCAAGUAAAAAAAUCCUAAUAUAAUUGAAAGUUUAUGCACUAGUUCAACCUAUUCAGUUUGAUUUAAAAAAAAUCCUAAUAUAAUUGAAAGUUUUUGCACUAGUUCAACCUAUUCAGUUUGAUUUGUCAAAUGUGUAGUCUAGGUAUAUGUUGGGAUAUAUUAUCCCGGCCUAUUACUGUUCAUGAGUCCAAGGCUUUACGUAGUACGGAGCCCGAGCAGCUAGGCCCAUUUCGGCCCAUCCGGCCCACUUUAGCCAUUUGGGCCCACUCCGGCCCAUGCGGCCCAUUAGGGUGGAGAGCAUCCCCUUCCCCUAUUCUCUAUAAAUAUAGGAGUUUCCCUCCAUAUUAUGGAUCCCCUUUUCCUCCUUCAUGCUUCUUCUUCUCUAGACUAGCUUGAUCCUCCAUUAAUAGGAGCUUGAAUAUUGUACUAUGUAAUGGUGAGGAGAGUCCUAAUGAGAAUGAGAGGGCUUGGACAUUAGCCUAAAAAGUCCCGUGGUUUUCUCCCUUUCGGGUUUCCACGUAAAAACUGAGUGUUCAUACAUAUAUUUACUAUAUCGUGUUGGAUUAAACUCAACACUGGCGCCGUCUGUGGGAAUCAGUUCAAAAAGACUAAGCGUGUUCUUCAGCUUCUACAAAAAGAAAUUCAUACGAAGUGGACUGAUUCCAGCAAAAAAGAAAAAAGGAAAAAGAAUCUGGAGAUGAAAACAGGGAGAAGCUAUGGAUUCUGAGAAGCCCAAAUCUGGAUUUUUUCCAGAUCUGUUUUGAGGUCGCCGGAGCCGCCGUCGUUCCCGCCACCAUGGACCUUCCGGUGGGUCCAGCUGUACCAGGCGGAGCUCGCUGCCGCGUCCUGGGUCUCGCCGCUCCGUUUCUAGAGGAACACCGCUAGCUGCGAGCAGAGCCAUGCCCAUCGCAGGGGCACUGUUCACAGCUCGAACUUAGUCCCUCCGCCCGGAACAAGGCACUGUCGCUCGCCGCCGGCUUCCGGCAGGUCACAAGUGGUCACUUUCUGCCUGGCCAGCCGCUACUCGGGCACCAGCAUCCCUGCCAACGCGACCUGAAGGUUCUGUUCGUUGAGAGCUCCAUGACUUCCACCAUUAAUGGUGGUUUCGAGCUCAAAAGAGGUAUACCCAGUUGUUCGUUCGAGUUUCCGCUGGAGACUAGCUUUUCCGGCCACCCUUGCUCCGCUGCAGCUUCCGUCGCAACCGCUAGCAAGCGGUCCCCAAACAGACAGCACACCGUUUGGCCUUGGGAUGGUGAGCCGAUGCUUCAACAGUUCAGCUUGUUGUCCAAAGGAUGUGGAGUACUACAUAUCGUUCAGAUGGCUUGGUCCUCAUAAAGCCACGUGAGUAGAGGAGGGGUGGUCAAGGGAUGAGUUUUGGAGAAGGUUGACUAAGUCAAAAUUGCAAAGGGAAUCAAACUAAUUUCCCUCAUGCUAGCUGGCCGAACAUCUACCCCAAAGCUAAGUACCUACACCUUUAAAUUGGUACACUUACUUGUUAAUAGUUUAAGCUAUUAGUAUUGCUAGUAUUUUUAUCACCAUUAUUUAUUAGGGAUUAAAACUCCCGAAAUUAAAUAAUGAGAGUGAUGCUCUAAGUGAUAAUUACUUCUAUCGUCGUUUAAAUUUAAUGACUGGUUGUUGUGUGCCUGUUGGCCCGCUCCUGAUCGGCUUUAAUUAGCGAAUGGAGUAUACUUGAAUGGCCUUUGAUAGGGAAGUAUCAUUGUUAUUACCGGUUAUGUCACUAUUAUUUAUUAGGGAUAAAAUGUCCCGAAUUAAAUAAUGUUGAGCGAGGCUCAAGUGAUGGUUAGUUCAGCUAACAUUUUAUUAAGUAUUUGACUUCUUGUGGCCCCGAUGGCCCACUCUCGAUCAGCUUGAUUUGCGAUCUGAGCGUCUCCAGAGGGGUAGUGCCCUGAUGACGCGUUUUAAUUUGGGGGGUUACGCAUUAGUCCGCACGACACCGAGUGCUCGAGCGACGAUCGUACCCUGGUACCAUCUACGCCAUCAGGCGCAGAGUGACUAUUGCCAACGCGGCCUGUGGGGCCCGAAGGCACCAAAGCACUCAACCUCGUUUUUCCGGGGGCGGUGCGACCAACUUGGGUCUGAGUUUGAAAACUCACAGACCGAUGAAUAUCUCUAUGUGACGUUCGGCGGGCUGCUAAUUGGCCCCGCCGCGAGCUGCUACGUCCAUUAACCCCGCACGAUGAGCCGGGCCGAGGGUCACGAUGACCCAUAGGCCGGUAAUCGUGGGUGUUAGAAAGAAAACCAUGCAGAUGGUUAUGUGUGUAUACAUAUUGUCGGGUCGUGCGGCCCGUUACCAUUCUUAUAGCGCAGCUGAAGCCGCUCGACGCGCUCGAGUGAAAUGAUUAGAAGACGCUCGGCCCGAGUCUUGAAGACGUGCAGGGCCGGCUAAAGAGGAGACCAUCACGGCUGAGGACCGUUUUCUCGAGCAUCUCCACCUAGAGGCCGAGGGCCUAGAGGAGACCACCACGGUUGAGAGCAGUGGGACGAGCAUCUCCACCCCAGAGACCGAUGGCCUAGGAAGAACACCUAGAGGCCGAGGUCUAGAGGCGAAUGCCAUGACAGAGAACCGUGAGACGACCACCCGUCAUUCAGAGGCCGAGGGCCUAGAAGAGAUCGUCACGGCCGAGGGCCGUCUGACGCCACCAUUAUACCAUGACCGGCCUCUCGGCACGGCAUGAUUAUCUUAUUUGAAGACCGGCCUCGUCCCCGCGCUGCGUGGAGGAGGACCGUUGCUGGAUCUCAGAUCGGCCUCUCAUUGCCGACAUCAUUAUAUCACGACCGGCCCCCCGGCUCGGCGUGUUUUCCAUACUUGAAGAUCGGCCUCGUCCCCGCUCCUCGCAGAUGAGGACCGCUGAUUAUCUCUCUUUGGAUCGGCCCCAGCGCCGACGUCAUACACGGCCACCGACCUCCUGGUACGGUGCCACCAUCAUAUUUGAAGACCGGCCUUGUCCCCGCACUGCGCGGACGAGGACCGUUGCUUGAUUUCAGGUCGGCCUCUCAUUGCCGACACCAUUAAAUCACGACCGGCCUCCCGGCUCGGCGUGCUUCCCAUAUUAGAAGACCGGUUUCAUCCCCGCUCCUCGCGGAUGACGGCCGUUGCUUGUUUUCUCAGACUGGUCUCUCAUUACCGAUGUUAUUAUAUCACGAUCGGCCUCUCACUGCCGACGCUAUCAUGUUAUGUUCGGCCUCUUGGCACGACAUAUUUAUCUUUUGAAGACCGGUUUCAUCCCCGCGCUGCGUUGGAUGAGAGCCGUUGCUCGGAUAAAUCGGCCUGACCGGACACUAUUGUCAUCUCCAUUAUCAGGACCGACUGCUCAGCGACAUUAUGAUCAUUGUAUAUCGGCUCCCAAUGCCGACCUUCUUGAGUUAGCGAUCGGGCUCACCCCUCCCUUCAUGAGGGUGACCAUCGCCUUCGCAUGACAUUAUGUGUGACAUCACUUGGGGUUAUUCUUGGAACCGACGAACGUAUUUUCCUCCCUCAAAAAAAAAAAAAAGAAAAAAAGAAAAAAAAAAGAAAGAUGGGGAGAAGGGGAGACGAGAUCCUAUGAGAGAGGGAGUCUUGACGAGGUAUGCCUGAUCUUCCUUCGCCGCGUAUGCCGAACGUCUCCCGACGCGGAGGCUAGUAGGAACGUGGGGGGGGGGGGGGGGGGGGGGCUAGACGUACCAAAGGGAAUCUCGGCAAGAUAAACCAGUUCCUCCCAUGACCCGUGGUUCGAUGAACACCUUCUGCUAAAGCAGAAGGCUAGUAGGGCCACGAGCAUGGGACGACGAAGCAGGGAAUCCCGACGUGGAUAAACCAGUGACCUCCUUGCGAUCGUUGGAUGACCGAACGUCUUCUUCGAAGCAAGAAGAUUAGUAGGACCACGACAGGGACGAACGAAGAAUAGGGAAUCCCGACGUGGAUAAACCUGUUCCUCCUUGCGAUCGUGGGAUGACCAAACGUCUUCUUCGAAGUAAGAAGAUUAGUAGGACCACGACAAGGACGAACGAAGAAUAGGGAAUCCCGACGUGGAUAAACCUGUUUCUUCUCAUAGUUGGGAUGACGAACGUCUCCUGCGAAACCAGGAGACCAGUACUCACGAGACUUGGGAAGAACGAAGAACCAGUUCUUUACCGGAGUCUGUUGCGUGCCGAGUGUACACCGCUUAGCGGUCCAUACAUAGGACCACGGAUACGGUAGACGAACGAAGACCAGCUCCAUGGAUCCGACAUGAAGAACCAGUUCUUUACCGGAGUCUGUUGCGUGCCGAGUGUACACCGCUUAGCGGUCCAUACAUAGGACCACGGAUACGGUAGACGAACGAAGACCAGCUCCAUGGAUCCGACAUGAAGAACCAGUUCUUUAUCGGAGUCUGUUGCGUGCCGAGUGUACACCACAUAGCGGUCCGUACAUAGGACCACGGAUACGGUAGACGAACGACGAUCAGCUCCCCAGAUCAGGUAGGAGGGACAUCGCCCAGAUUUAUUUCAGGCUCACCAUUCUUUCCCGGAUGGAGUCCUGGCAGACGAUCGGCUUCUCACAGCCAAUCAGGAGAGAGACUUGACACAUCACCAGCACGGCCGAGGGCCGCGAGACGAUUAUCACUCACCGACAGGCCGAGGGCCAUGAGAUGAUCAUCACUAUUUUUCUGUAUCACGAUCGGCCCGAUAGCGCCAUCGUGUCCAGAUUCACGGUUCGGCUCGCCCAUUCCCUCCAGGAUGGCGACGAACGUCUUAUGCAGUAUGAUCGGCCCCUCAGCGCCAUCAUACCCAGUUCACGGUUCGGCUCGCCCAUUCCCUCCAGGAUGGCGACGACCGUCUUAUGCAGUACGACCGGCCCCUCAGCGCCAUCGUACCCAGCUCACGUUCAGCUCGUCCAUCCCUUCCAGGGUGGCGACGAACGUCUUAUGCAUCACGAUCGGCCCCUCAGCGCCAUCGUGUCCGGACUCACGGUUCGGCUCGCCCAUUCCCUUCCAGGAUGGCGACGACCGUCUUAUGCAGUAUGAUCGGCCCCUCAGCGCCAUCAUACCCAGUUCACGGUUCGGCUCGCCCAUUCCCUCCAGGAUGGCGACGAACGUCUUAUGCAGUAUGAUCGGCCCCCUCAGCGCCAUCAUACCCAGUUCACGGUUCGGCUCGCCCAUUCCCUCCAGGAUGGCGACGACCGUCUUAUGCAGUACGACCGGCCCCUCAGCGCCAUCGUACCCAGCUCACGUCCAGCCCGUCCGACCCUUCCAGGGUGGCGACAAACGUCUUAUGCAUCACGAUCGGCCCCUCAGCGCCAUCGUGUCUCUUUCACGUUCGGAUCGCGCAUCUCUUCCAGGAUGGCGACGAACGUCUUAUGCAGUGCGAUCGGCCCCUCAGCGCCAUCGUACCUGGCUUCACGGUUCGUCUCGCACAUUCCUUCCGGGAUGGCGACGACCAUCUUAUGCAGCACGAUCGGCCCCUCAGCGCCAUCGUACCUGGCUUCACGGUUCGUCUCGCACAUUCCUUCCGGGAUGGCGACGACCAUCUUAUGCAGCACGAUCGGCCCCUCAGCGCCAUCGUGUCUCUUUCACGUUCGGAUCGCGCAUCUCUUCCAGGAUGGCGACGAACGUCUUAUGCAGUGCGAUCGGCCCCUCAGCGCCAUCGUACCUGGCUUCACGGUUCGGCUCGCACAUUCCCUCCGGGAUGGCGACGACCGUCUUAUGCAGCACGAUCGGCCCCUCAGCGCCAUCGUGUCUCUUUCACGUUCGGAUCGCGCAUCUCUCCCAGGAUGGCGACGAACGUCUUAUGCAGUGCGAUCGGCCCCUCAGCGCCAUCGUACCUGGCUUCACGGUUCGGCUCGCACAUUCCCUUCAGGACGACCGUCUUAUGCAGCACGAUCGGCCCCUCAGCGCCAUCGUGUCUCUUUCACGUUCGGAUCAUGCAUCCCCUCCAGGAUGGCGACGAACGUCUCAUAUGCAGCACGAUCAGCGCCCCAGCGCCAUCGUGUCUGGCUCGUGUUCGGCUCGCCCAUCCCUUCCAGGAUGGCGACGAACAUCUCUUAUACAGCUCGAUUGGCCCCUCGGCGGCAUCAUGCCUAGUUCACCUCCGGCUCCGCCCAUGCCAUCUCGGAUGGGGGACCCGUCGUAUGCAGCAUGAUUGGCCCCUCGGCGGCAUCAUGUCUAGUCCACCUUCGGCUCCGCCCAUGCCAUCUCGGAUGGGGGACCCGUCUUACGCAGCGCGUCUGCUUCUCGGCGCUGACAUGCCCGGGUUAUCGAUGAGAGCUACUGCUUCUAUCACAUCUUGCAUUCCCUCUCUCAUACAUUACAUACAUACAUUACAUGCAUACAUACAUUCAUGCAUCAUACCUCAUACAUCCAUACAUACACACGUGCAUCAUGUUUUGACAGUACCGCGACGUCGGUUUAUAGAUGAUGGACCUCUAAGCUUCUCCGAUUGGAAAGCUCGAGUCAGAGUUCUUUACUCCCGCCUGAUGCAUUCAGGGGGAGUGUGCCCGUGGAGGAGCACCCUUCGCCCGACCCUGUCGGGAAGGGGGGUGCCUCACUGGUAGAUUACGUUCAGGAGUGCAGACACUCACUCAUAUAUGAUGAUUAUGUGAAGACACAGUUUCCAGCAAGACAGAGGAAGAGCGCAGGCAGAGUAUAUUUUCUCGAGCAGAUUCGCGGGCUCACUACUCAAGAAACUGGGGGACUUGUGUUGGGAUAUAUUAUCCCGGCCUAUUACUGUUCAUGAGUCCAAGGCUUUACGUAGUACGGAGUCCGAGCAGCUAGGCCCAUUUCGGCCCAUCCGGCCCACUUUAGCCAUUUGGGCCCACUCCGGCCCAUGCGGCCCAUUAGGGUGGAGAGCAUCCCCUUCCCCUAUUUUCUAUAAAUAUAGGAGUUUCCCUCCAUAUUAUGGAUCCCCUUUUCCUCCUUCAUGCUUCUUCUUCUCUAGACUAGCUUGAUCCUCCAUUAAUAGGAGCUUGAAUAUUAUACUAUGUAAUGGUGAGGAGAGUCCUAAUGAGAAUGAGAGGGCUUGGACAUUAGCCUAAAAAGUCCCGUGGUUUUCUCCCUUUCGGGUUUCCACGUAAAAACUGAGUGUUCA